CGCCCAUCUCAUCAUGUACAUUCCCAUCUUGAGCUCGACGUUUCCCGAGCCCCGCCCCGGCCCCCACGCAACAGGAUACGCCGUCGCCCGCAUCCCCGUCGCCCCGGGCGAGCGGUACGUCGGUGGCCCAAAGCUCAAAACGGGCGCCCCCGCUCUUUCGCUCACCGAAUCCGUCCUGGCCAUCUACUACCCGACACCGCCCCGCCCCCUAGCAGCCGGCGUGCCAUGGGUGCCCGAGCCCCUCGCGGGCGCUGUCGCAGGCUACGCGACGUACCUCCGCAAGAACUUUGGCUCGUGGAGCGCAUGGGCGCUCGGCCUCGUCCUCGGGCGCGUCCGCAUGCCCGUGCACGCCGCUGCGCCCCCAUCGGCCGGUAGGUUCCCACUCGUCCUCUUCUCCCACGGCCUUGUCGGCACGCGUAACACGUACUCCCACUUCUGCUCGUCGCUUGCGAGCGAGGGGUAUGUCGUCGUCGCGCUGGAGCACGCAGACGGCUCGGGGCCGUGCGUGAUUCGAGAAGGCGAGGAGCGGCUGUUCACCCGUUUGGGUCAGACAGACCUCUGGACGGACGAUGGCACCGACCCCGCUGUGGCGCCCCAGAUGAUGGUGUGGCGCGCGCACCAACUUGAUUUCCGCGUGCGCGAAGUCUACGCUGCAUACAACGGCUUCAAGCGUUUCCUCUCUGGCGAGGGGGAGACAGACGGCGAGGUAUCCCUCGCGGACCAACUGAAAGACAAGGUGGACGUCCAAGACCUUCAGCUGAUGGGACACUCCUUCGGCGGCGCGACGAUCCUCCGCCUCCUCCAGACGGCGCCGCACGCCGAGCCACUGCCCAUCAAACGCGCCGUCCUCCUCGACCCGUGGAUGGAGCCUUUUGGCCGCGUCCUCCCAUCCUCGCCCGCGACCACCGCAGCUCCCGCCACGCAGAUCAUCAACAGCGAAGACUGGGCGAACAACAGCUUCUUCCCCGCCGAGAAAAAGGCAGCGCGGGAUCUCGGCGCUGCGCUCUGCUCCAUCGUCGGGCUCGGCCACCAGGGGUUCUCGGACUUUGGUCUCCUCAGCCUCAAGUCCAAGGCGCGCGAGUACCUCCAAACCAUACAUACCCUCACCAUGGCGAGACUGCGCGACCAGCCGUACCCGCUCGAAGGGGAGGAGGAUGGCGGCGAGCCGCGCCGAGUAGAGGGUCGACUUGCCGGCGAGCCUGGAGAUGUGAUCCGCCACUUUUAA